UUUUGCAGCCACUGUAUGAAUAUUGCCAAAUUAGUUUAUUGAUACGGAUUCUCAUUUGUUUUGGAAUUUGGCAUGAUUGUGAAAAAAGUGUGAAAAAUACUUGCUUAAUUUUAAUCUGUUAAUAAAUUAGCUGAAAAUGCCGUGGGCUAAAAACUAAAGUAUUGAUUGCGUGCGGAAAUCAGGAGAAUAUGGAGACCAAUGAUGAGGUUGUGGAAAGACAAAAGCUAGUUUCUAACGACAUCGAUGGCGAGGAGGACCAUAACAACCUGUCGACCAUACCACAAUCAGAUCCAAUAUCCGUAGCUUCUCCACCUUCCCCGACAGUGCCAAAAAUUAAUAUAAAAACCAUGUCCAGUGGUGACACAACUCGUAGUAGAAAUUCCGCUAGUUGUUCCAUAGAGCGCACAUCAGAAAAAGGACAACUAACGUCGGCUAAAGUUACAUACGUAAAUGAGCGUCGUCCACGACCGCAUUUGCAUGGAAGUGCAAGCGUAGGAUGUUGUAGCAAUGAUGAGCGGCUCGACUUUAAAUCACGACCACGAAAGCUACUGAAAGAGGCCGAUGAAACAUGCAGUAGCGAUCAUAGCAUCAACAGCAUCACAGUAGUAAGCAGCGAAAUAUUCCAUAAUAACAGCGAUGGUAUUACUGACAGCCAACAAAUUUAUAGCUCCGAUGAUAAAGGGGACCUGCGCAUGCUACAUGAGAAAACAAUUGCCGACGAUCCUUCUCCUUCUAAUCUUAACACCAGCAAUGGCGACAGUGGCUCUAGACUUGAUAAAUUUGAUGAGCGUCCUAUUAAGCAUCACUCAUUUGUCUCAGAAGUACCGGACGUGAAACACAUGGAGCGAGCGCUUUUAGGCCUUCUGGACGAUUUUCAUUCCGGUAAACUAAAGGCUUUUGGCUCCGGCUGCACGAUGGAACAAAUGACAAAAAUACGUGAGCAACAGGAGAGCUUAGCUAAAUUACACUUCGAAUUGGCCGCUGCCGAGGAAGACUCCUUAGAAAAUGUUAACGACUUGAAUUCAGCUAAGGCACAGGAAAAUAUGUUACAACUAGUCCAACGACUGGAACAGUUAUCAGUUUCAAUUGAGCAGUUGCAAACAAGUCACACAGGACUCUGAAAUAUGUUUGAGCCCACAGCUAUAAUUAUAAGCGGAUCAGCACAAUUUGUCCCUAUGUUAUGAUGGAAGGUUUUCUAAAAAUGUAGUCUGCUAUAAUUUUUAUAAAAGAAUAUACCAGUCGUAAUAAAUUUUCAUAAAGCUGGCAUAUAA